ACGUAUAUUCGGUGUAAGGAAAAUAUCGCAUAUGAGAAGAGUUCAGCGCUACGUUACUCCGAAUGACCGCGAUUAGGACUGAUCACAGCCACACGCAAAUGACCGAGUCGGAGGGAUCGCCGCUGGCGCUGCUGCUGCUGCUGGUGGCGAACAGCAUGGGCGGCGGGGAGGCGCUGAGGCGCAACUUUGAUGCGAGGCAGACGAGCGUCAACUCGAAUAUUCCGCUGUGGAAGCAACGCGCCUGCGAGAAGUCGCCCAAGUACCAGAUGAACUCGCACUACAGCUGCGACGAGAAGGGGGACGUCAAGUGCCUGCCCGGCUGGCAGGGCGAUCUCUGCCAGGUGCCGAUGUGUCGCCGCGGCUGCGAUCCGAUGAACGGCUACUGCCAGCGACCGGGCGAGUGCCGCUGCCGCAUCGGCUACACCGGCGAGCACUGCGACAAGUGCAUCCCGCUGCCCGGCUGCCAGCACGGCACCUGCAAGAAGCCCUUCGAGUGCGUCUGCAAGCCCGGCUGGGAUGGGCUCUUCUGCACAGAGCCCAGCUGCCGCAGCGGCUGCCACAGCACGCGCGGCUACUGCGAGGCGCCCGGCGAGUGCCGCUGCCGCAUCGGCUGGGGGGGCCGCACCUGCAGCGAGUGUGCCACGAUGCCCGGCUGCCAGCACGGCACCUGCAACAAGCCGCUCGAGUGCAACUGCGAGCCCGGCUACACGGGCCUGUUAUGCCAGACAGCGUUGUGCGCAUCGGACUGCAACAAGCAGCACGGCUACUGCCGCAAGCCUGGAGAGUGUCGCUGCAAGGUGGGCUGGACUGGGGCGCAGUGCGACAAGUGUUUUCCGUAUCCUGGCUGCGUGAACGGCGACUGUGAUGCACCCUGGGAAUGCAACUGUCGUCCCGGCUGGGGCGGCAUGCUCUGCGACGAGAAGUUGACCUACUGCCUGGAUAAUCCGAACACUUGCGAAAACGACGGCAAGUGCAUAUCGCUGAGCCGCGAGGACGGCAGCUAUCGGUGCCAGUGCCGGCAGGGCUAUCUGGGCAAGAACUGCGAGAUAUUGGAUGAGUUCCUGUUGACCUCGGUGGCCCCGCCGCGCAUUACGCCGCCGUCCACCGAGCUCGAAGUGGAGCUGGAGCUGGCCACAGCUGCGCCUGAUGAUGGCAGCAAGCUGGAGCAGCCCACGGCAACAACAGCAGGCAAACCCACGACAACAAGCAGCACAACAAUGUUGCCGGACAUGGGAUUAAACGAGACCGCAGCAACGACAGCCAGAGCAACGACAACGACAAUGGGGCUGGGCACACGUGUUGCCAACCACAAUGCGUCUAAUGAAGCGUUAAGCUAUGGCCAUGCCGCUGCUGAUGAGGCGACAACAACGAGGCGUCCCGCACCAACAGCACCACCAGCAGCAGCAGCAGCAGCAACAGAGGCGACGGCAACAACAACGACGACAGCAACUAUGACAGUAAAGGAAGCUGGCAACAAUGCAACAAGUGGGUCACAGUUCAGCGCACACAAGCAGCAGCAGCUGGCGGCGGCAGCGCAGGAGGACGACGAAGAGGACGACGAUGAUGAUGAGGAGGACGAGGAUGAUGAGGACGAGGAUGAGGAUGAUGGCGACUAUGAUGAGGACGAUGACAACGAUCAACUUAUACCAAAUAUUAUUUGA